UCAUGGGUAGAGGUUUAAUCCCCGCCCCUGCCGCCUUCUCUUCCUUUCCGGGCCUUGACGCCACCGUGGUUGGACUCUCCGUGGGCCCUGCCGCUCCCGCAGCUCCCGCAGCGCCAGGCCGCGAUCUCCGGACCGGACCCGAGUAGAGCCUAGACCGCCGACAUGCGCUACGUGGCCGCCUACCUCCUGGCCGUCCUCGGCGGCAACGACUCCCCUAACUCCAAGGACCUGAAGAAGAUCCUGGACAGCGUGGGCAUCGAGACGGACGAGGAGCGCAUGAAGAAGGUCAUCGGCGAGCUGAGCGGCAAGAACAUCGAAGACGUGAUCGCACAGGGGAGCAGUAAGCUGGCCUCCAUGCCCUCCGGUGGUGCUGUUGCUGUGGCUGCCAGUGCUGGUUCUGCUGCCCCAGCUGCUGCUGGUGCUGCCCCUGCUGCUGCAGAGGAGAAGAAGGAAGAAAAGAAGGAGGAGUCAGAAGAGUCUGAUGAUGACAUGGGUUUUGGCCUCUUUGACUGAGUAACCACCCUGAUUCUGGAGUGAAUAAACCUUUUUAUUUAA